AUGAAGAGAAAAUCGGUCUUCAUCAAAAAGAAUGUCAUAGAGGCGCAAAACACGUUGGAUAAGUUUGGAAUUUUUAAGAAGGUGAAAGUGCUGAAGAAGGAGCAGCUGGAGAAGAAAAGGCUAAACGAAACAGAGGACGAAGAGGUGGAAACCAAAAGGGGCGGAGACCCCAUUAAGGUGAAAGAGGAAAUCCAUACCGAUAGGGAGAAUGAAAAAGGGAAUAGUAAUAUCAUCAAAAGUCAACACAGCUCAGACGAGCAGCCGUCAUUCAGGGUUAAGGUGAAGUUAGAGGGUCAUUCGGGUCCGUAUAGAAACGGACAGGGGGACACAAAAGACCCCUUAGGGAAAUACUCUGGUGGGAGGAGCGAAAGGGGGGGUCGUAGUAGUGGGGCGGAAGGCGAUGAAGAAGACAGCAGGGGGGAUAAUGACGAAAAUAGCCCCAAUGACCAGAAUCAGGCUAGUGGGAAUCAUGGAAAACACGCCAACAGUUGUAACAACGGAGGGGACGAUUUAGACAUUCUCUACAGCACAUACAAGAGGGAAAAAAAGAACAAAAAAGAAGAUAACACUCGCGAAAGUAACAUCCCCUUGCACAAACAGUACCGACCAAUUUACAGGGAAGACUAUAUAAACGAAAUUCGAAGCAAGAGAAAUCCAUUGCUAACUACCGUACUGAAUGAAGAUUUAAAUUUUAAUUUAAUUUUGUGUGGAUCACCAGGGUCAGGAAAGUCCUCCCUAGUCAAUGUUAUAAAAAAUAAAACCAAAAAUCUGUUCAUCUCGCUGUUCCACCUGAACAACUUAAAUAAUGAACUCAGAAAGAUAUACGACCAGUCAGUUACCAAUUACAAACUUUUCAAGAAGAAGACCAUUCUGUGCAUAAAAGAUAUAAAUAGGCUAAACAAAAGUCAGCAAGAGUAUUUAUUGCUAAUUUUGAAGAAAGGCUAUUUCUACCUCCUUGCCACGUGUCUUUUCAACCCCAUGAAUAUUUUAAAUUCUGCUCUGAGUUCGAGGUGCUUGUAUUUAUAUAUGAGUCCAUAUGAUAAAACAGAACUGUCGUCAAUUAUCAAAAGAAUAACUAACAAUCUAGACAUUGACAUUGAGGACAAUGCUUUGAACAUAAUAAUGAAUCACUCCUGUGGGGACGCCCGGGUGGCUAUCAACAUCGUCGAGUUUGCCAUUAGGAAUAUGGAGCGCGAGGAGCAGAAGAGGAGGGACAAUCGAGGCGAUCUCCAAAAGGACAAUCGAAGCAAUCUUGAAAAGGACGAUCGAAACGAUCUGGAAAAGGACAGUCAAAAUGAUCUCCAAAAGGCAAAUCCAAAUGACAUUGAGGACAAACGAAACAUGGAACACGCGGAGGAAGCAAAAAAAAGUUGUGACAUGAUUACGAAGCAGUUCAAACCGAAGGACUUUAGCGAACUGCACAAAUGGGAAUCAUCUGGACACAGUGAAAAAAAAGUUAUCCAGCUAACUAAUGUAAUAAAUUUUUUGCAGAACUUCCCAUCGAAAGAUAACAAGCUAGACCAUUUUAACUUCAUCUCCGGAUUACACAAAAGUAUCAGAGCUGGAAAUAUCAAAGCAGCUAUUUUGUACUUAACAAAAUCAUUGAAGAACGGGGAAGAUCCGAUAUACAUUUGCAGACGGUUAAUUCGAAUAGCGUCUGAGGACAUCGGGUUGGCGAAUCAUGAUGUACUGUCUAUUUGUGUCAACACACAUUAUGCAUGCAUGGCUAUAGGGAUGCCUGAGUGUCAGACGGCGCUAAUAUACGCCGUCAUUGUUUUAUGCAAAUCGUCCAAAAGUAACUACAUUUAUGUUGUGGAAAAGAACGCCAAGAAAAUUUGCAACGAGUACAGAUUUGACGUGCCCUAUAAUUUGAGGAACACGUCCAAUAAGUACGUCUACACCAACCAGCCCGAAAUUCUCACCUUCGAGGAGCAUUUGGACAGGUACAAGGAUGUGCAGAAGUAUUUACCCGAUCAUAUAGAAGAGUUGGAGCUCUUGCCCGAUCUAUGA